GGAAGUGGAGAGGCUACUCGUGGCGACGUUUCUGUUUCAGUUUUGAAUUUGUUAGCAGUUUAUUUCUUCUUAAGAUUCUGAAUAAAACAAAGAACAACAAUAAAGAUUUCAGCAACGUUACGCCGACCUACAAAAAGAUGGCAGGCCAACAUGGCAACAUGAAGCACAGGAAGAGGAAGAACUCCUCAGACGGUCGGCAAUCCACAAAGGGCUGUGCCAGUAAGAGGAAAGGAAACAAACGCCCCAAAAUGACAGCAGUCUACAGUUCUGGUUCUGGUGAAGAAGUGGGUCAGAGACUUUCUGCUAUCAGCUGUGAAUGCCUGCAGACUGCAGGCAGGACGAGGUGCUCGUCAUCACCGUCGUUGGAAGAGUGGGAAGGCAAAGAGAAUGACAUGAGGAUGCAAUUGGAUCUAAGUAGCCACAGAGUGCACAGCAAACGGGACAGCAUGGAUGAUGAAGACUCCACUAAAAACAUCUUUCCAGAUGAUGACAGUAAUCAAAUUCUUCCUGUGGAGCAGUUUUUUGGAAACAUGGAUGCAGUGCAGGACCUUCCGCAGAGAUCAUCAUCAUCAGACCGCGUCCGGAGGCAGCACAGGAGGAGGCGUUACUAUGCCAGAGAGGAGAGCGAUGAAGAGGGAGGCCUGAUGGUGGAGGAGACGCCUGAUGACCUCCUGCUCUGACAGCUGGAGGGACCAAUGGGAACUCACGUUACACCUGUCCAUAUAAACUGGUCAAAUCAAAAUGCCGCCACUCAAUGCUGAAUGUAGCUGGUGCAUCUCUGCUGCCAGCUCAUUGGUCAAUUUAUCAUCUGAACAAGCCUGACUUUAUCUCUAGAAUCAGGUGGUCAUUUUUAAAAUGUUAACAAGAUGGGCUGAAAGCACCACCGUGUCCACGUGCCACAUUAUUUAGCGGCCUUUUAAAGCUUUGAAGAGUGACAACUGUGUUGGUUAAUUUUAAGCAAAGAUUCUAUUACUUUAUGGAAAACAAAAAAUGUUUGGACGAUGGAACUGUGAAUACGGAGCAACUAUAUUUGCUUGUUACAGGAAACUAUAAAUGUCAGCAUUCAAAAAGCAGUUUAUGCUCUGAGGAAGGGUCAUUAGUGUAGCAUGAGCAGGAAAACUAGUAACAAUGCUGAACACUUAUUGAAGCAGUGUCAUGAUUUAAAGCGGAUGACUGAGUGACCAAAGAUGCUGCAGCAGAGAGUUUAACCAACUGAGCACCAUGUGCUCAGUGUGUCUGGCAGCUUCUGUCUGUAAAUAUCACCAUGGGGCCGUCCAAAAAAAAAAAAAAA